AUGGCAACCCAAAAACCUGUUAACAUAAGCUCCGUGCCUAUUGAUGGUUUCAGUAACUUAAAAAUUACAUCAAUUUGGACGUUCCUCAUGUCUGUAAAGUGGUCGGAACCGUGGAUUAUUUGUGGUGUUGCGUUACACAUAAUGUGUCUUUGCCUGACUUUGGUGACGUGCAAGUUUUACAGAGCGCAAAUCUGCCACUUCCUGCUCAUAAUUGCCUUGGUUUACAGUGCGGAAUAUUUAAACGAGCUGGCAGCCAUGAAUUGGAGAUCCUUCUCCGAGUUCCAGUACUUUGACUCCAAGGGCAUGUUCAUAUCGUUGGUUUUCUCCAUCCCGUUGCUCUUCAACGCUGUCAUUAUUGUGGUUGUUUGGCUGUACAGAACCUUCUCCACCAUGGCCGAGCUGAAGACACUGCAGCUAAAGCGGAAGGCGCGCCUAGCCAAAAAAAUUGACUGA